UGUUGCACAUAAAUGUGUAUCCUAGAAACCAUGCACGGAAAGGCCAGGGUGUAAUGCAAUGCUUUCAUUUAAGUUUAUUCAUUAUUUUCAUAAAGCUUUGUGCUUUGUAUUAUUCUCCUGUAAAAAAAGAAUAACUGUAGAACUGAGACAGUAGCAGUCACAACCUAGUUUCUUCUUCAUUCCUGUUGCCAGUUUGCAGGCUUUGAACAUAUUUGUUACUGUGUACCCAAAUCCAGGUUGUCUUUGACAUUUGUGCUGUUUAUUGGAACUGUGCGCUGUUUCAGUGGGGUUAGACAAGUGAGAAAAUGGAAUUCAGCGACAAUGAUAAGCCCGAGCAAAACGGAGGAGAAUUGCCAGAAACUGAUGUGAUAGCAAAGGGAAAUUUGUUGGAAGCUUUCACAGAAAGUCAGGAAGUCAGAAGUUUAAUCAUGAAAUUGUCAGACGUGUAUGGAGACCUCACUGCCCGCGAAAUGGUCACUGAAAGAUUUAUCGUUAUUAUGGAUAAAUACCAAGAACAGCCUCAUUUGCUGGAUCCACAUCUAGAAUGGAUGUUGUAUUUGUUGCUGGAUAUAGUGCGGAAUGAAGAAAAUCAUCCAACUGUUGUGAAACUUGGUUUUAAAUUUCUCUAUUUAAUUACAAAGGUACGAGGUUACAAAUAUUUUCUAAGGCUGUUUCCUCAUGAAGUAGCUGAUUUACAGCCAAUUCUAGACCACCUGGCUCACCAGGAUCCUAAGGACCAUGAGAGUUGGGAGACUCGUUAUAUGCUUCUCCUUUGGUUGUCUAUGGCAUGUCUCAUACCUUUUCACUUGACUCGGUUAGAUGGAAACAUUGCAUCAGAAACUGGACAAGUACGAAUACCAACAAUGGAUAGAAUCUUAGAAGUAGCAAAGACUUACCUAACUGUUAGUGACAAGUCAAGAGAUGCUGCUGCAGUGUUAGUUUCCAAAUUUGUUACCCGCCCUGAUGUUAAACAAAAACGACUGGCAGACUUUCUGGAUUGGACUCUUUCAACACUGUCACAGUCGUCCUAUCAGACAAUGGAAGGGAUUAUUGUAAUAGACGGCAUGCUUCAGUCCCUGGCUCAGUUGUUCAAGCAUGGGAAGAGAGAUGAUCUUUUACAAUAUGCUCCUACAGUGCUUCAAUGUCUUGAUAACUGCAAGCUGAUAGAAAGUUCUCAGACUCGUCUUCGUAAACUUGGGGUGAAACUUGUUCAGCGCCUUGGACUGACCUUCAUGAAACCUAAAGUUGCACACUGGAGGUAUCAGCGUGGAAGCAGAUCCCUUGCUGCAAAUUUACAGACAUUUGAUGAGAUGAGAAAGUUAGUUGAUACACAGAGCACAUCUGUACAUUUAGAGGAUGAAGAAGAAUAUGAUAUCCCUGGAGAGAUUGAAACUGUAAUUGAACUACUACUAGCUGGCUUGAAGGAUAAGGAUGGCAUUGUUAGAUGGUCUGCAGCAAAAGGGAUUGGUAGAUUAACUGGAAGACUUCCCAAAGAACUUGCUGAUGAGGUUGUUGGCUCUGUACUGGAUUGCUUUAGUUUUCAGGAGACUGAUAACAGCUGGCAUGGUGGUUGCCUGGCUUUGGCUGAACUAGGCAGAAGAGGACUUCUUCUACCUUCUAGACUUCCAGAUGUUGUUCCAGUGAUUUUGAAAGCUCUGAUCUUUGAUGAGAAACGAGGAGCUUGCAGUGUGGGUUCCAACGUUAGAGAUGCUGCCUGUUAUGUUUGUUGGGCCUUUGCUCGUGCAUAUGAUCCUUUGGAGCUAAAGCCAUUUGUAAAUGAAAUUUCAAGUGCCUUGGUGAUAGCCGCCAUUUUUGAUCGUGAUAUUAACUGCAGGAGAGCUGCAUCUGCUGCAUUCCAGGAGAAUGUUGGAAGACAGGGAACCUUUCCUCAUGGAAUUGACAUUCUUACUGCAGCUGAUUAUUUUACUGUUGGGAACUUGAACAACUGUUACUUAAACAUAAGUGUCUACAUUGCUGGAUUUCCAGAAUACACUCAACCAAUGAUAGAUCAUCUUAUUAACUUGAAGAUCAACCACUGGGAUAGUGCUGUAAGGGAGCUGUCCUCCAAGGCCUUGCAUAACCUUACAUUCCGCGCUCCAGAGUACAUGGCAAGUACAGUUUUGCCAAGACUGUUGCUGCUAGCAGUGGGUAUGGAUUUACACAAUCGCCAUGGUGCUAUUCUUGCCUGUGCAGAAGUCGUACAUGCACUUUAUAAACUAGCAAUGGAAAAUGACAGGCCAUUGACUGACUAUCUGAACAAAGAAAUAGAGGAAGGCCUUAAAAAGAUUCAUCGUACGCUUUAUGAAAACCAAUUAUACAGGGGACUGGGUGGUGAGUUAAUGAGACCAGCAGUUUGUCACCUGAUAGAAAAACUUUCAUUUUCAAAAAUGCCUUUCAAGACUGACCCUAUUAUUGGUGGCUGGCAGUGGUUGAUAGAGGACAGCUUAAAAAACCUCCAUCUAUUUUCAACUUCAGCAAAACAGAUGAUAAAGGAGUCUGCUGUCACAGCACUGGCUGCCCUCUGUAAUGAGUACUAUCAAUCAGAUCAUGGUACUGCACUGAAAGAUAUGCAGGAUCAAUUGAUCACAAAGUGUAUUGCGGAGCUUCAUAGUACAGAGGAGAUGACUCGUUGUGGCUUUUCACUAGCUCUAGGGUUCCUGCCAAAAUUUAUGCUAACUGGCAAGCUUCAACAGGUCUUGGAAGGCUUAAAAAGUGUUACAUGUAUUACUCCCAAAGAUGUACAUUUUGCUGAAGCAAGAAGAGAUGCCUUGAUAGCUAUUGCACGGGUUUGUGUAACAGUUGGAGUGAUGGCAGAUGGAUCGCAGCAUGAUGUUGUGUGUCAUGAAAAUGUUUCUCUCAUCUAUGAUACUCUUUUAGGCUGCAUGAAUGACUACACAACAGAUAGCCGUGGAGACGUUGGAGUAUGGGUGAGGGAGGCUGCAAUGACCAGUCUCAUGGAGGUGACGCUUUUGUUGGUUAACAACCAUGCUCAACUGAUUCAGCCAGUUGUGUGUAAGAAGAUGAUGUGUUGCCUGGCUCAGCAGGCAGGAGAGAAGAUUGACAGAUGUCGUGCACAUGCUGGCUCCAUAUUUUUAAAAAUGUUACAGUAUGAUACUCCCACAGUUCCCCAUGUACCUCAUAGAGAGGACCUGGAAAAGUUAUUUCCAAGGUCUGAAACAGAGACACUGAACUGGAAUGCACCCUCACAAUCUUUUCCAUGCAUUACGCAACUUGUAGGACUAGAAACAUAUCGGUAUCAUGUUCUUCUGGGACUCACCGUUUCAGUUGGAGGGUUAACCGAGUCUACGGUUAAGCAUUCAGCACAGUCUUUGUUUGAAUAUCUUAAAACAAUCCAGGAUGCUGUGGAUCCCAUGACAAAGUUCUGUGAAACUCUGCUUCAGAUUUUCCGUGAUAAUCUGCAAAAUAACAGGGUCUCCAUUCCACUUCUAAAAAUGUUAUAUCAAAUGCUUGUCAGCAAUAUCUUUGAUAUAUUUGCACAUGUAGAGAAUCCCCCUUUUGCUGUGGAGCUUCUCUCACUUUGUAAGCAGGAACUACGGAAGUCUAAAGAUGUUCAGAAAAUUUUGUCUGGCAUUGCAGUGUUCUGUGAAAUGAUCCAGUUCAAAGGCAGUAUAAGAAAGGAUAUUAUGCUUCAACUUCUGCUCCUACUGUGCCAUCCUUUUCCUAUUAUAAGAAAGACAACAGCAAGUCAGAUGUAUGAAAUGCUGCUAACCUGUGAUGACAUUGUUGAUCCAUCAGUUUUGGAUGAAGUUAUGACCAUUGUCAGUGAAACUAUCUGGGAUGAUGCACUGCCCACUGUGAGAGCACAACGUGAUAUAUUGUGUGAUCUACUACAGAUUCCAAAGCCAGUUCUUGUUAGCAAGGCUGCACGACAAUAAAAUACAUGUUUAACAAAUGGCUGGAAUGCUGCUGUUCAUCAUCUGUUACUGAACGUGUGAUGAUAAUCCUUUGCUAUAUUCUCCAUAUUAAUAUAGUAUCUGCAGUUUCAUCAGCUCAGAACAUUUUAAACCACAGGCAUCUGAAAAUACAAGUAAAAUUUAUCUUAAAUUGACUGAAAACUAAUUAUGAGAUUAAACAAGGAAUUUAACUGUGGCUUAUUUUGGAGAUUUACAUACAUUAUUGCAUAUGGACUAUAACGGAAAAAAUAACAGAUCCAGAAAAUGAGUAAACAUGUAGGACAGACGUAUGACAGCUCUGCCGGUGUUGUUGGAGAGAUCUGGUAACUAGAAAAGUUGUUGGACACAGGUAUUUGGUCUGUAGACUGCUAGCAAUUUCAGGUAAUCAGUUGAAAAAGCUGCUUUCCGAGUUUGGAUUUAAACCAUAGUUGUAUGACUGAACAAUAAAGUGUUGCACAUGGAGAA